AUGCAGGCGCGCUACUCGGUGUCCGACCCCAACGCCCUGGGAGUGGUGCCCUACUUGAGCGAGCAAAAUUACUACCGGGCGGCGGGCAGCUACGGCGGCAUGGCCAGCCCCAUGGGCGUCUACUCCGGCCACCCGGAGCAGUACGGCGCGGGCAUGGGCCGCUCCUACGCGCCCUACCACCACCACCAGCCCGCGGCGCCCAAGGACCUCGUAAAGCCGCCCUACAGCUACAUCGCGCUCAUAACCAUGGCGAUCCAGAACGCGCCGGAGAAGAAGGUCACGCUGAACGGCAUCUACCAGUUCAUCAUGGACCGCUUCCCCUUCUACCGGGAGAACAAGCAGGGCUGGCAGAACAGCAUCCGCCACAACCUCUCGCUCAACGAAUGCUUCGUCAAGGUGCCCCGCGACGACAAGAAGCCCGGCAAGGGCAGCUACUGGACGCUGGACCCGGACUCCUACAACAUGUUCGAGAACGGCAGCUUCCUGCGGCGGCGGCGGCGCUUCAAGAAAAAGGACGUGCCCAAGGAGAAGGAGGAGCGGGCCCACCUCAAGGAGCCGCCCCCGGCGGCGGCCAAGGGCGCCCCGGCCGGGCCCCCUCUAGCGGACGCCCCCAAGGAGGUCGAGAAGAAGGUGGUCAUCAAGAGCGAGGCGGCGUCGCCGGCGCUGCCGGUCAUCACCAAGGUGGAGACGCUGAGCCCCGAGAGCGCGCUGCAGGGCAGCCCGCGCAGCGCGGCCUCCACGCCCGCCGGCUCCCCCGACGGCUCGCUGCCCGAGCACCACGCCGGCGCGCCCAACGGGCUGCCCGGCUUCAGCGUGGAGAACAUCAUGACGCUGCGAACGUCGCCGCCCGGCGGCGAGCUGAGCCCCGCGUCCGGGCGCGCGGGCCUGGUGGUGCCGCCGCUGGCGCUGUCCUACGCCACCGCGCCGCCCGCCGCCUACGGCCAGCCGUGCGCGCAGGGCCUGGAGGCCGGGGGCGCCGGCGGCUACCAGUGCAGCAUGCGCGCCAUGAGCCUGUACACCGGCGCCGAGCGGCCCGCGCACAUGUGCGUCCCGCCCGCGCUGGACGAGGCCCUCUCGGACCACCCGAGCGGCCCCACGUCGCCCCUGAGCGCCCUCAACCUCGCCGCCGGCCAGGAGGGCGCGCUCGCCGCCGCCGGCCACCACCACCAGCAUCACGGCCACCACCACCCGCAGGCGCCGCCGCCCCCGCCGGCUCCCCAGCCCCAGCCGGCGCCGCAGCCCGGGGCCGCUGCGGCCCAGGCGGCCUCCUGGUAUCUCAACCACAGCGGGGACCUGAACCACCUCCCGGGCCACACGUUCGCGGCCCAGCAGCAGACUUUCCCCAACGUCCGGGAGAUGUUCAAUUCCCACCGGCUGGGGAUGGAGAACUCGACCCUCGGGGAACCGCAGGUGAGCACCAACGCGAGCUGUCAGCUGCCCUACAGAUCCACGCCGUCUCUCUACCGCCACGCCACCCCCUAUUCCUAUGACUGCACCAAGUACUGACCCGCCUGGCCCGCUCCGGCUUCGCCUCCCACACCCGACCUCUCAGGACAGUUCAGGCCGCAGAGAACCAAAACAUGCCCACCAGCCUUUUCUCAGACCCGGGAGCCCAGGGAGCGCGCGCCGGCCUCAGCCCUCUGCGAAGCUGCAGGUAACUUUAAUUCGCGGCCCGGUUUGCGAGAUCCUAAGAAGCCCCGGUAAAGGGACGCAGUCCAGCGAAAUGAAUAUUGAUUUUAAGCCCCCUCCCCUACCGGAUGGUUGUGCUCACCGCUCCAGCUGGGGUUUCAAAAAUUAAGUUACGGACCAAAUCCCAUUAGCGACCCAGUAAUGACUCUCUGUAGAGGCCCCCAUAGAGUUAUGGGGGCCUCUAUAGACUCCGUUUGUGCUGUGUGUAAUUUUAAAUUUCUCUAACCGUGCUGUACAAAUGUGUGGAUUUGUAAUCAGGCUAUUUUGUUGUUGUUCAGAGCCAUUAAUAUAAUAUUUAAAGUUGAGUUCACUGGAUGAUUUUUUUUCACCUUGUCCAACCAUUUCUAACUGCCAAAAUGAAAAUUCAAGAAACCUAUGUGGGGUUUUUAAUCCCUGUACACUUACGAGAUAUCAUUCUAUUCCCGGUGGUAGGUCUUUUGCAAAACAAGGAAAUAAUUUAUUUUGUUGUUGUUGUUGGCGGAUAAAGAAGUCAAGUAUCUGAUACUUUUUAUUUACAAAGUGUGAUGGCUUUGUGUAGUAGAUUCCUCCCUGAGCGUUCCUAAAAGAAAAAAAAAA